AUGGGUACAUUCGAACAAAUUUAUGGCAGUAAGACACCAAUCGAUGUCAAAGAUAUUUUUAAAACAUGCAAAGAUCAGACUAGAAAGGUGCUAGUCUUUGGUCGAGCUGGUAUUGGAAAAUCAACAUUUUGUCGAUAUAUUGCCUACCAAUGGGCAACUGGUGCAAUUUGGCCAGAAUAUGAACUAGUUGUGCUCAUUCCUUUACGAUCUUUAACAGAAUAUCGUUAUCCAAUUGACACCAUUUAUUCCCUAGUUGACAUCGUCGAAAAGGAAUAUGUCUCUUAUCCUUUUCUAUCAGAGAACAAUAAACAACUUUUACAACAAGAACUUCGUGAAAAUCAUAUUCUGUGGCUUUUGGAUGGUUGUGAUGAAACAGUACAGAAUAGAUCUUCACAUCUGUAA